CGUACCCAGCCAGAAGAAAGUAGAAGUGAACUGUGGGGGAGAGGAAAAAGUUCGCAAGGAGAGGCAGGACAACUCUUGGGAGCCCUGCAGUCUCACUUUUAUGCCUCCAAAAUACUUUCUUUCCAGUUUAUUUGCAUCUAGCAAUAUUGUUAUAGUAUUUUCACAAGAAUAACCUAACUUUUUAAAAACUGAAACGACCAUGGAGCUGCUUUGCCUCGAAAUGGACACCAUCAUAAGAGCUCGUCCUGAUCCGAAUCUUCUGUGUGAUGACAGGGUAUUACAAAGCCUGUUGACCAUUGAAGAACGUUUUCUUCCACAAUGUUCUUAUUUCAAGUGCGUUCAGAAAGAUAUUCAGCCAUUUAUGAGGAGGAUGGUUGCGACUUGGAUGCUGGAGGUUUGUGAAGAACAGAAGUGUGAGGAAGAAGUUUUUCCCUUGGCGAUGAACUACUUGGACAGAUUUUUAGCCGUGGUUCCAACCAGAAAGUGUAAUCUGCAACUUCUUGGAGCAGUUUGCAUGUUCCUUGCAUCCAAACUGAAAGAAACUCGUCCAUUAACUGCAGAGAAACUCUGCAUCUACACAGAUAACUCAAUCAGACCACAGGAGUUGCUGGAGUGGGAGCUGGUGGUGCUGGGGAAGUUGAAGUGGAACCUGGCGGCUGUCACUCCAAAUGACUUCAUAGAACACAUUGUGAGGAAGCUGCCGUUGCCCGAGGAGAAGUUAGUGCUGAUACGCAAACACGUGCAGACCUUCAUCGCCCUCUGUGCUACAGACUUCAACUUCGCAAUGUACCCCCCAUCCAUGAUCGCCACAGGCAGUGUGGGAGCGGCUAUCUGUGGCCUCCAGUUGGACUCGGGUGACCAGUCACAGUGGGGGGACAGUCUCACAGACCUGCUGGCCAAAAUCACCAACACUGAAGUGGACUGUCUGAAGGAGUGUCAGGAGCAGAUAGAGAGGGUCUUGGUGAGCAGCCUGCGUGAAGGGCAGCAACAGCAGCAGCAGCAGCAGGUCCAGCGUGGCCCCAGCAGUAAGACCAUGGACGAGCUGGAUCAGUCCAGCACCCCAACGGAUGUUCGCGACAUCAACUUGUGAGCCUGCAAAGAGCAGUAGCGCAUCCGGAAUACGCAUCAAAUCAACAUAAAAAACGACAAAAAACUAAAACGACAAAAAACAAACUACCCCUUAAAAAAAGUGCUUGCUAAUUUUUGUGGAUAUUUUUUUAAUUUUGUAAUAUAAAAACAUGUGCCCAUGUAUUGUACGAAAUGAAAGCUAUUUUUAGAUAUAAAAUGGAUAUAAGGACGCUCUGUGGUGCUUCAGAUAAACAGAAGGCAAGCCAAUUAUAUGUUGCGUUCUGUUUUUGAUUGUAUAGUCAUAAUAAAGUUAUAUCGAAUAAGAAAACAAUAGCUUAAUAAGGCAUAAAAAAAGGUGUGGGGAGACCAUUCGAGGCUUGCAUAUAUGGGAUCACAAUCGGGGCAAGGUUUUUCUGUUUUGUUUUGUUCAUUAUUUUGGUUCAUGUUGGUCUGCCUGAGAUAGGAGCCCAAUAAGGGCUCCGCUGACCGUGAAUGGCAGGUCUCAACGUGGCAUGGUUUGGCUGUGUGUUGGUGACGAGGGGAGCAUUUUGCAGGAAUUGCAGAGUGUUGUACUAAGAGACAAGUAGGGUCCAGGGAACAGCCAAGUAUAUAAUAGUGAAUUAUUAUUAUUAUUAUUAUUAUUAUUAUUAAGAAACGUAUUUGUGAAUACAGAGUAAUAGACGUCAAUAAGCUCUUUUUGUCAGGCUGAUUGUUUGUGUGUGUGUGUGUGUGUGUGUGUGUGUGUGUGUGUGUGCGCAUGCAUCUGUGUGUUUGUGAGUGAGUGAGUGUGUGUGACUGCCAUGAUGUGAUUUUUGUAUCAGCUCAACUGUGUGUUUGUGGGUGGAAAUGUUAUGGCUUGGCGCUAGAGUGGAAAGACUAGUGGUAGACUAUGGAACAGACAGAAGAUGCAUUCUCUGCAGGGCAUCUAUGUUAUAUCACUGCCUUAAGUUAAUAUGCAUUGUCGGCCGACAAAAAGCUGGGGGUCUGAGUCCACUUAGUGGGUGAGCGGGAUUGAGAGAUGAAGAGGGAGAGGGGCGGCUGUGUUCCCUCGUUUGGUCUAGAGGAGUUUGCAGUGGACCGUCUGCUUUCAGAAGUUUCAUUCGAGGUGUUUGUGUUUUUCACUGCCAACAUACCAAUCAAAUAUCGGCAGAUAGCGUUUGUAUUUUUAUGUUAUUGUUUAGUUUUUUUUGGAGUUAUGGAAGGAGCUUCAGGCUGCAUAGCAUCAGUAGGGAGGAGUUUGUGCCCCUCUUGGUGGUGCAUUAGUAUCAUCUCAGAGGAGAGUGGAGGCCUGUGGUCUGUGGUGGUUGUAGGGGGGCUUGGGGAAAGCAUGCUGCUGUGUAGUGGAAGGAGAUGUAGGCGAGUUGCUGAAAGAUACAGGAGAGGUGCCUAAAGGCCUCAUAUGAUAUCUAUCUGAUUUCUGCGUUUUGGGCAGAUUGAGGCCACACGGAUGGCAAAUUAGGAUCAAAACCAGACUACGCAGCCAGCUCAUUAUUUUAGAAUGAACUUUAUGGGUUCAUUAGAGGAGAGAAAAAGGUAUUGGAGCAGGGGAAGAUUUGUGAUCAAUGCAUCUGUAGUCCCUCAUAGAGUUGUUUCAACGCGCCUAUGAUUUAAACAGCAAAGCACUUUGAAAACACGCUCCCCAAUGGACAAAUGAAAUGGUUACGGUGUGGGAUCUAUGGAUGUUUCUGUUUUCAUUGUUAGCUUUUUCUUUGUAGGGCUGGUUUCCCACAUUCAGAUGUACCCCCUUGGCAAGCAGAUGUCAAAAUAAUGCCUAACACCUUAUGACAUGAGGACAUUCCGAUCUAAAAACAUUCCGAAAUUUAAAAAAGUGCAAGGUGAAAGCGGCGUCUGAAUUAUUUUUUCGUGUGUUUUAACAAAUAACUAAUGCCAAUGCUAAUUUUAAAAAGGCUACAGACAAGGUUUAUGAUCUUGUUUUGUUUUUACUUGAGAAGUUAUCACAUUAUAAAAUAUUUGUUCUACUUGAAUGUUCUAUUUGAUCUGCUUCACAGCAACAACAAAAAGUCACAUAGGUUGGAACUAUACAGAACACGUUAUCGUAGAACAUCUGAUGUUCUGAGGGCAAAUUAGGUUUUCUUUAAAAAAGAUGAAGCUGUUCUAUGUUCAAAGCUACCUUAUUGAUGGUUUUGCUAGUAGAGCCUGGUAUGUUGUCUUUGGUGAUGUCCCCGAGGCUGUGCAGGCCUGACUGAUAAAAUUCCAUGAAAGUUCUAUCUCUGCAUGUACACAUCUCUCCUCCCGUGAGAUUUGCUGCUUCAGUCACUUAAUUGGCAUGGGGUUUGAUCAGUUACCCAGACGUCAGAAUUAGACUAAUUAACUUCCAAGACACAGGGUACACCGCCAGCACAAGGUAGCCUUGAUCACGCAAAAUUCUCAUUGCUACAUUUAAAGGGGGAUCAAGGUUUUGGUGUGUUUUUGUGUGUGUGGGUGUGCGUACGUUUGUUUGUGUUUGCAUGUGUGGUAGGUAUGAGGGGAAGAUGAGGAUUCAGUGUUUUAGCAGGCUACUCAAAAUAAAUGUUUUUCAGGAAAACGUUUUCUAGAAACCAAUCUUAUAAACAAGGCCAUCUUCAACCUCUCACCAAAACUAGCCCCUGUUCAUCAUUGUCAAGGAUGUCUGCCCUUUUUUUUCCUGCAAGCUCUAUUCUGAGCAUAGAUUAGGAUUUGUUUGUUUUUACAAAGUAGUUGACUGUGUAAGUUUGAAUUUGUAUUUAGACCACCAAUUUGUGUUUGUUUUAUUUUAUGGGGUUUCCAGACCCAAAAGAGUUUGUAGAGCGUUUGUAAGGGGUUAGAUACUGUAUUCCAAAGUGAAGAGAGAUGGAAGAGGUGUGAAGACAUCAAAGUGUCAAUAUUUUUAUUGAGUUAUUAUUAUUGUCUUUUUGCGCUGCUAAAAGCUAAGAUUUUGUUUCAUUCUUAUAUACAAAAAAAUUACAUUACUUAGUUGUGAUGUGUCACUUGAGUGUGCUGCUAUUUUAUAAACAUUUGUAUUAUAAUAUAAUUAUUUUACUGCUUAAGAGAUACAUUCAGAAUACCAGAGUAGAUGGUAAUAGAAGAACAUGAAAUGAGUAUUCGACUGGAAAUGUUCUUUGUACAGUUUGCUUAGAUAGCAUGUUUAUUCUCCUUUUGAUCUAUUUCGCUCUACUUUCUCAGUCACAUUCUGUAAAUGCGGUAUCUCUAUACCUCAGGUUUACUGGACAAAAAAAUAAUAUCUGAAUACCUCACAACUCUACAGUUUUUAGGGAGCCUGGGAAGGGUAACAGUAUAGUAGAAAGCACAGGAGUUUGUCUGUUGUGAAAUGUACUGACCGCGUUGAGUGACAAGCAUGCAAGGCUCCCACCUGGACUUAAACCGUAGUGGAGGGGGUACAAUAACAAGUCAACAUUUCCUUGGUCAGUUUAAGUUGAUGGUGGUGCUAAUUGUGAGACUCGUGACAUUCAUUGCAAAGACAAAUGUGAAAAUGUCUCAAAUAUCAUUGAUGAUUACAUGAUUUCUACCAAUUAAUGUCGAUAGAUUUUGGUUCCUAAGCUUGAUUUGAUGAGCUUAGUUGACCUGUAUGUGCCAGGUCCUAUUGUCUGGAAAACCAAUACAAAAUGGCUAAACCAAUCAAUCAAAAAGUUUACCACAUACUGCAUCUGACAUGAGGAAGUGUGUUUCAACAGCGUGGAUAUCCCUUAAGUUGUCCCCCUUCCACUAGAAAUUACAUAAUGUACCUCAGAAAUGUCUGUUGCACAACCUCUGUUCAAUAAACUUCUGCUUUAAAGAGUGUGACACCAUAUCAGUCCAAUAUUAUUCUAAUUUCUGUUUUCUUUUUGUAUGUUAUUAUGGUUAGUGGAGCAGAUUGUAGGAUGUGAUUGUGUACAUAAAGAGAGGUGAACAGUAGAAGUUGCUGUAGUCCAGAAACCAAGAGGACUGGAGAGAUGUUAAGUGGAGUGGAGCUGAGAUUGUGAUGAUACUGCAGUCUGGUGAAAGAAAAAAAAAAAGUUAAGAAGACGGACCCCCUGCUUGAAUACCAACCAAAACCUGCUAUUAAGAACGUUGACAGCCUAAAUCAAUUGGGUGGUAGAGAAACAAAUUGGGUGAAUGUGGUUAUUUCUGUUGCUACCCCUGUAUGACAUCCUCUGAAGUUUAAACACACUAAUCAGUCAGGGUUCAGGCAAGUGGGGGAUUGGUGUCUGUCUGAGUUUGUCCUCUGACUCUGGGGCCCUAAGGCACUCUUAUGCAGCUUCUUGUUAGGCAGUUUUUUGGGGGGACUGGAUCAUGUAGGCCUAGUAAGUGAAUAAGUUGGUUUCAAAGUUAGCGUUGAAUUCAGUAUUGAUAACUUCUGUUUGUGAUUAAUCAGCUCUUUAUUGGUCUGUCUGAAAGGAUCCCUUAAAGUGUUAAGGAUCAAGGCAUGCUGUAUGAUCAAUAAACUCAACAUGAAUGAAA